UAGGCCGAUUCACAUUGAAGAAAUUAAGGCCGAAAUCAACAAGCAGCAUGUAUCUUUUAAGCGACAUCAAAUGUAUUAUUUUAAUGAUCAUAUGUCUUAUUCAAUGGAUAAUUUGUUAUGAAAUGAGUGAAGACAAGAUUCAAGUCAGCGAAUUUGAUGUCAUACCUGGAGGAUCGUUACUGUCUCAUGAGAAGGAAUGGAAUGGUUUUGUGUGUAAAUUUUCCUAUACCUGUCAAGGGGGAACCAAAGAGCAAUGGUUAAUGGGAUUGAGUUUAAAUGAAGAUCAAACCAAGUUUCAGUGUUCUGUUGAAAGACCUGGUGGUGGGGGUUCAUAUUUAUUUUUCCAGUCUUUUAAAUUAAAAAUAUCUGGCGCCGAUGUCAAAGAAGGAGAUGCUGCAGGUUCGAGCAAUGCCCCAUUAAAACCCAGUGAAUACAUUGUAGAUUUAAAAGAAAAUAUGAUUACUGAUGUACCUGGUAAAUUUGCAUCUCAUUUAGAAAGAGUAACUCUUUAUUCUGAGAAAGGACGAAGUGAAUUAUAAUCUCAUUUUUAUUUUUUUCAUAAUUACUCAAGUGACUUUAAAACUUUGUUUUAUUUUCAUUAGCAUUGCAUUCUUUAUCAGAAAUAUUUAAAUGGGGAAUAGCAUACUUUAAAAAACUUAAUUGUUUGGUUGUGAAACUAAACGAGGACAUGAGAAACCAAAAUAAAUCAUUGGUUAUCUACUAGUAUAUAUUUAAAAAAAACGUUAUUAUCCGGGUUUUGUUUCUGGAGCCAUUCAAGAUAUGUUUACGAAACACAUGUCAGCCUAUUAUGAUAUACGUAGUUGUGCCUUUUAUCAAUUAUAAAUUUAGGAGAAUUGAUAAUUUUUUGGUUUGUAUGGAUAUUUUUAUGAUAAACCUUGUAUGUGGUCAAAAGGUGUAUCAUAACAUGUUACUGUGUCAUGUACUUUUUGUAGUUAUCUAACACUGCACACACUUUAGAAACCUAUUUGUCUAACCAAUUUGUUAUCUAUGAUAUAUGAAUACCUGCCUCACUAAAUAAAGAGUGAUAAUUGGACACAGAGAGAUGAAUACUAUGAUUAAAUAUUCUCUGUUGAAUGAUUUUUGAAUUUUUACUACACAUUUUAUUUUCUCAUGCGUAAAGCUUAAUGGUUAAUGUGUACAUAUGACCAUGAUUAUUUGUCCCAUCCAACUAACUAGACGCUGUUCAUUGCCAGGCCAUCCACCUUACACAACUGACAAGGGACAACCAUGCUGUGCCUUACUAAUUGAGCCAUGGUAGCUCCCAAGAUAUAUUCAAUUGAAUAAUAUGCAGAGGAUAUAAACAAACCAGUCUGAUUAAAACACAGAUCCUAUUUCGUUUCGUUUUUUAUCUAAACUAAUAUUUGUGAUUGUCGUUUGUCUGUCUGUUUGUCUGUCUGUCUGUCUGUCUGUCUGUUCGGGUUUGGCGGCUACACUAGGUCUGCCCCGAGUCUGAAAUUUGGGGUAUAGGGGUAGCUCAGACCGGGGAGUAACAUAGGCCAGGUGGCGUUAGUCUACCACUUCCGGUUACGGGGUUAUGACCCCCGAGCGAACCGGUCUGUUUGGGGUUGGCGGCUACACUAGGUCUGCCCCGAGUCUGAAAUUUGGGGUAUAGGGGUAGCUCGGACCGGGGAGUAACAUAGACCAGGUGGCGUAAGUCUACCACUUCCGGUUUCGGGGUUAUGACCCUCGAGCGAAGCCGGGUAUCCUGCUAGUAGUUCAAUAUUUUGUUUUACUUGUCUUUACUACAAUAGGAUCUUGAGGAGUUGUUAUAUAACCCGCAUUCUGGUUGAUGUGAGGGAUUAGCCAAUGAAACAGUCUGUAGUGGGUAUCCCACUAGAAAUAUCAAUGGUAAUUGGUUAAUCAAAUGUCUGAUGUCACCUGACGCGACCUAACACUAAAACCAGUCAGAUCUGCAGGUACUGGAGGCCAUCAAAAAUAUUAAAAAAAAACAAAAUGAAAUAUAGAUCUGCAUUUUAAUCAGAUUGUAAACGAACCAACAGUUUUGAUGGGCCUUUUUCCUAAUCUAAUUGAAUCGAAGUCGGGACUGUUAUCUACUCUUGAUAUGUUUUGGUUUUGCUUUCUUAAAGAUGCAAUUGUUACAUAAACUAUUAUGUAGACCUUUAUUCACAUGACAAGCCUAUAAUCAACUCUCUGGUUCAUUGGAUGUGUCAAGAUUUAAAAGGAUGAGAUAAUUGAAACUUAGUCUUGAUUAUCAAGUACCGUUGUUACGAUAAUAAGCAAUCUGCAAACCCUCAUAUAUUCACUUUUCAUUAUCUAUAUUUUUUUUGAAGUAAUAUAGAAAGAACCACCAGCUGUUUAUGUAAAUCUUUCAUAAUGUAUCAUUAAUUGGAUGUUAAAAUUAAAUAUAGUUUGGAAAAUGCAAAUGAUGAUCAUUGGCUUUAAUGUAGUUUUUAAACCACAUGACAUUCAUUUCAUUCUUAUUGUUAUUGCUAGAGUGUUUUUGUUUUGUUUUACAUGUAAGUGCAAAAGAAGGUUUAUGACAUAAUGAUUGAGAUACCUUGCAUUGAGUUGCAUGUAUAUUAUAUUAUUAUAAGAAACAUCUGAAGCUUUGUGUAGCCAUACAGUUUAUCCUUUAAAUGUUUUAUAGAACUCAAUAGACACAAAGGUUAGAGUUUGACUUGAUACUAUUUGUAAUUAUAUAUUUAUUAUGGGUAUUGAUAAACUGCUGAUAUAGGGUAUAUUUAUGUAUUUGAUUGUUGAUAGUAUAUCUGUUCUCAUAUCAUUAUUGUUUUAAUAGUUCAUCAUGUAAAUAUUAUCUUUUUCAUGUGUUGCACAUGUUAUAAAACUGUAAACAAUA